AUGGAAGGUAUAAUUGUCCCGUUCGAGGGGUUAGGCCUCGAUGAUAGUCGAAGCAAGGCGAUUUUGAUCGUCACUUCUGUUUUCUUUUCUACUUCACUAUUGAGCGUUAUCCUAAGAUGCUUUGUUCGUACACAAGUCGUUCGUGCUUGGGGCUGGGAUGAUGGAACAAUGGUCAUAGCCAUGAUCCUCAACACAAUAUUCGCAAUCUGCGGAAUCGUCGGAUCCAGAUACGGACUCGGGAGGAAAAUGGCAUAUUUCAUCCACCACCCAGACGACUUGCACCGCGCAAUGCUGUGCUGGUGGGUAGGCCAACUCUUUUACGUAUCAACCUGUAUCGUCGCAAAGCUCUCCAUCAUCAUCGCUCUCCUCCGAAUCACCAUCUCCCGCGUCCACGCAUACAUCCUCUACGCCGCCAUGGCUCUCGCCACCGCUAUUGGCGUCCUCUUUUUCUUCCUCACCAUGUUCCAAUGCUCCCCCGUCGACUAUUUCUGGAACCGGAUGCAACCUCACGCUCACGGCAAAUGCAUCAAUACCACUACCAUCAUUGGUGUCGCAUACUUAUAUAGUGUUGGCGCCGCUAUUACUGACUUGACUAUUGGAUUGCUUCCUGUGGCGUUGAUUUGGAACUUGCAUAUGAGGUGUCGCACUAAGGUUGCCGUUGUCGCUGUCUUGGGAGUCGGUUGCGUUGCAAGUGCUGCCGUUAUUAUUCGCAUCCCCUACCUCACCACCUACAAAGAUCCAGAAUUUCUAUGGGCCACUUACAAACUCUCCAUGUGGUCUAAUGUCGAGGCAGGAAUCGGCAUCACGGCGGGCUGUCUAACAACCCUCCGACCCUUAGUUCGCUUCUUGCGCGAUGGCUCCUCUAAUGGUACAUCAAACUCGUUUCGCUUAUCCACUAACGUCGCUGGCGCCUUCCGCCGCUCCGCGCCAUCGAAACAGAUAUCCCGUGACGACGGGCACCAGCUCUGGACCGGCACAGGGAGUGACGAAUACCACGGUGUUACGACUACUAUCUCCACCGCUUAA